GCCUACUUGCUGAGGGGAAAAUGUCCUCUCUUGGGUGCCUUAUCAUGUGAGUCAAUGUGGUCUCAACUUACUUAAGCUUACUUAAACCUCCUGAACAACCACUUGCUUUUUCACCCGGUUUCUCUUUAAAUGGAGGUUUUUGUGUUGCUCUCAAGGAGCCUAGAUAGAUCAAGGGGUUGGUAGUGGGACACAGAGACUUAUUGCUAAGCCUAGCUCAUAUCUAUUCCAGGCUGGUGGUUAUCAGAACACCGUUGUCUGAGACUACACUCACUUGAGAUGCCUAUAUAAAAUAAGUUGGUAGGAGUCUGCAUCACCAAACCUAGAAACUGGCACAGCCAGGCAUCUAGGAAGAGUGACGUUUAAAGAUAUAUAGACUGGGUAAGGGUGGUGAAGUCCUUCAUAUCAGGACUGAGUUACACAGGUAAGGGCAUUCAGAACAUGUAUCCCGAGCUGCACCACUCUGUGGACAAAGGGUAUUAUUGUUUCUGGGCUGCUAGCUUGGCAACUUGCUUGGGCACAGAAUCCACUUUCAUACAAAAAGGCAACAGUAAAACCAAGCAGACAAAUGCAGCUCACUGUGUAACCAAGGGAGAACAUGUGCCACUUCCAUAUGGACUCACAGGCCAUGAACCUGGGCAUUUACAAAAAAGGCAGUGACAGCAUGGCUGAGAAAGCAGCCUUCCCCUGUUUUGCCAUGGGAGCAGUCAGGGAGUCAGAGAGGAAGAGAAAUGCUGGGAAGCUAACAAAUGGGGCUGCGGUGACAGUGCAGUAGUCUGGAUGUCCAGUUCAAUGUGUGCAAAGAUCAGAACUAAGAUUUACUUGUCCAGUAACAUAACCUCUCCUCACAUCCCAGCUCACCUCCUGCCAGGGAAUGCCUGAGAUGCUGAGCACGAUUCACUGCAUUGCCAGAGCUGCUCUCAUAUGCAAUACCAUGGGGAAACUGCAGAGUAAAAUCAACCACAGCACCUCCAAAUACAGGGCUGGUGGUUACAUGGAAGAGAACAGUCCUGUUAAAGCUAUUCAGCAAUAUAGCCCGGCUCACACUGAUGCGGUUACUUCUGUGGCUGCUCUGAAAUCAGACCUGUGUGUGUCAGGAGGAAAGGAUAAGACUGUCGUCAUAUACAACUGGAGAUCAGGAGCUGUGUUGAAGAGAUUCCUUGGACAUGAACGUGAGGUGACCAAGGUUGCCUGUGUCUUUGAAUCAAACAGAUUCUUCAGUGCAUCCCGUGACAAGACAGUGAUGAUGUGGGAAUUGUCUGGGAACUCAGAGCCAAGCCGACACUUCCCAGGACAUGACUUGGUUGUAACUGGACUAGCUGUGAGCCCAGAUGCUUCACAGCUAUGCACAGGCUCCCGAGAUAACACCAUUUGCAAAUGGGACAUAGAGACCGGGGAGUGCCUGUGCAGAACUGCCAUCUCCAGGAAUCUGGUAACACACCUGUGCUGGGUUCCUGGAGAGCCUUACAUCAUCCAGACAUCAGAGGAUAAACUAAUAAGAAUGUGGGAUAGUCGGGAACUGCAGGUGGCACACACCUUCCCUGGAAAGCAGCAUAUUCAGACCUACUGUGAUGUGAGCCAGGACGGGCGAUACUGCAUCAGCAGCAGUAAUGGCUUUGCCGGGGAGGGUUGUGAAGCAACGCUCUGGGACCUCCGGCAGACUAGAAACCGAGUACGUGAAUACAAAGGGCAUUUCCAAACCAUUGCAUCAUGCAUCUUCCUUCCAAAGGGUCUGGGUCUGACCCCAGUCGUUGCUACUUCCUCACAUGACACCAUGGUGAAGGUCUGGAACCAGGACACUGGAGCUUGCCUGACCACCUUGUGCCUUGAAGGAUCUGGACCCCUGGCUUCCCUGGCAGUCUGCGACAGCUCCACUCUCCUCUGUGCCAGCUUUAACUCAGGAAUUCACUUACUCAGAAUAAAUAGCGCAAAGGGCCUGGAACUCCAAGAAGUGGCCAAAUUCUGAUUUGCAGAGACCUUCCCUGCAGAAGGCUAUGUGGCAGGUCAAAGGCUGGAGACUCCUGUCUGCUCAAGAAGGGCUCUGAGUCACUUCCAAGAUUUACUGAUCAGUCACCUGUAAGGGGACUUCAUUAAUUCAGCCCCCAGCAGCAAUGAUGUAAAUCAAAUGCAGAAGUGGCAGGACUGGUCAGGUUCAGUUUCUGAGGUGACAGCUGCUACCUUUUUAAAGCCAAACUGUAGAUGCAUUUAGGCCAAUUCUUAAGUUUAAAAGAGUUUGGCACAAAUUAC